AUGCGAAUGCUGAUGAGCAAAGCUGUUAGACCUCUGCGUGCAGCGGUGAACUGCCUAGGGAAAGCAGUUAACAGACUUGGUGUAUCGAAACCGAGAGUGGUUAUAGUCUCUGACACACCAUCUGUAGUGAAAAAUCUCGAACUAAAUAUCAGCUCAGUUGCUGAGGUUCUGUAUUUUGACUUUAAGCUUUUCCGAGGUGAUAUAGCUCAACGUGGACGUGGGUUACCAAUGUUAGACUUCAGAAUAAAAGAUUGGGGUCCAGCACCCAGAUGGGUUGCAUUUGUAGACUUCUUCCUCGCGUGCCGUGCAAAACAUGCUGUGAUCUCAGGUGCUCACAGACGAGUCGGGACUACUUAUGCUCAGUUAGUUGCUGCACUAGCUGCCGCAAAUAGUCUCAAGGACGGUUCUAGCAACUCGAGCUUUGCGUUCUUGAGUAGUUUCCAAAGUAAUCUGUUAGCAGAUGGUCUAAAGAACCAGGUUGGGUGGGGACAUGUCUGGAACAGAUACACUGGUCCAUUGAGCUGUCCAAAACAGCCAAACCAGUCUUGUAAAUGA